CAGGCGGCGGCGGCGCCAGCGCCGCGCAGCCAUGCUGCUCGACCCCAAGUCCCCAACGCCACGCCACGCCACCCCAUUGCCGCUGCGUAGGCAGCGUAGCUGCCGCUCCAGCACGGCGCCUUCCCGUCGCCUGUUGCCCAACUCGUCAUGUGGUAGCCUGGUAGGCUGGUAGCCCAAGGCGCAGGGCCCUGUCACUCGCGCGCAACUUGCUCGACGGAAUGCCGCAUCGGGACGUCAUCUCGGCCACGGCCGCCAUCGGCGCGCUAACCCGCGGCGGCCGACACCGCGACGCCCUCGCACUGUUCUCCCGAGUUCUCGCCGACGGCGUCGCGCCCAACGAGUUCACUUUCGGUACCGUCCUGCGCUCGGCCACCGCGCUCCGAGUCCGAGCCCCGCGCGUCGGCGUGCAGCUCCACGCCUGCGCUGCCAAGCUCGGCCUCUGCUCCAACGUCUUCGUCGGCAGCGCUCUCCUCGACCACUACGCCAAGAUGGGCGCCAUGACGGAGGCCCAGCGCGCGCUCGAUGACACCCGCGAGCCGAAUGUGGUCUCCUACACCGCCCUCAUCGCCGGUUUGCUGAAGAAUGGGAUGUUUGAUGAGGCAGACCGAUUGUUCCGGCGCAUGCCAGAGAGGAACGUGGUCUCGUGGAACGCGAUGAUCGGCGGGUACAGUCAAGCCGGUCUCGGUGAGGAGGCUGUCAAUCUGUUCCUGGAAAUGUGCCGAGGAGGCGUCUCACCGAACGAAAGCACCUUCCCCUGCGUGCUCACCUCUGUUGCCAGUGCAGGGACACUUGGCGUAGGCAGAAGCAUUCAUGCAUCAGCCAUCAAGUUCUUGGGCAAGCUUGACGUUUAUAUAGGUAAUUCUCUUGUGAGCUUCUAUGCCAGGUGCGGUAGCUUGGAGGACAGUGUUUUGGCUUUCAAAAAAAUCAAUCGGAAAAACGUGGUCUCCUGGAACGCACUGAUCUGCGGGUAUGCGCAGAAUGGGAAGGGGGAAGAGGCUUUGGACGCUUACAGAAUGAUGAGAGCAACGGGCCUCAAGCCAGAUAACGUCACUCUUCUCGGCUUGCUGUUUGGUUGUAACCAUACUGGUCUAGUUGAUGAAGGUUAUGCAUUGUUCAAGACCGCAGAGAGGGAGCAACCGGGCAUACUGAAACCUGAGCAUUACGCUUGUGUGGUUGAUCUACUAUCUCGUGCCAAGCGGUUCGACGAGGCCAGAAGGUUUCUUGAGGAGCUCCCCUUUGAGCCAGGCAUUGGGUUCUGGAAGGCUUUGUUAGGGGGCUGUCAGAUUCACUGGAACAGCAAGCUGGCUGAGAGCGUUGCAAAGCGCAUUCGUGCAUUGGAUCCAAAGGACACAUCUUCCUACAUUCUUCUGUCAAAUGUAUACUCUGCGUCAGGAAGUUGGCAGAGUGUGUCUAUGGUCAGGUGGGAGAUUAAGGAGAAGGGGCUGAAGAGGAUCACCGGCUGCAGUUGGAUUGAGGUCCAGGAGAAGGUCCAUGUCUUCUUCAAUGGAGACUGUAGGCAUCACCAGAGUGAUGAAAUUUAUUCGAUGCUCGAAUCAUGUUUUUAUUCCAUGGAAGAUGAAGGUGAACACUCAAUUGUGUGAUGAUAACCAAUGAGUACCCAAGUGUGUCAAAUGUGGUUUACUUGUCAUCAUCUUUUUAAUCUUACAUGUGGAAAACACUAGACCGUACUGAACUUCGGUGAUGUUGCUGGAAGAAUGAAUAAUCAGAUUCCAGCCAUCAUGCACUGCUGUAGCAACAAUAAAAGUCACUCCCUCGAUCCCAACGGCAAAGGAAAGGUGCAAGUUCAUGCCCUAAAGACGAGAACAAACGAAGGUGGGCCUCCGGUCAGAUACAUGUUGCCAGAAAUCGUCCAAGCUCCCGCUCUCUUGCCAUUUUUGUUGGUAGAUUCAAUUAGAAGUCCAUGAACGCACAUUACAUGAAUUAUGAAAAACUGGCCACAAGGCAAACAUUGCCACAGACCAGAUUUUGCAUAGCACUGCCAGCUGAUUUGUUAUCUGUACUAUCUCACAAUCCUUUGAUAAAUGUUAUUUAUCCCCCUGAACAAAUUACAUGAUUCAGGUGAUUGAA